CACUCAUCCCACCAAAGAAACCCACGUCUCUCUCUCUCUCUCUCUCUCAUUUCGACAUUUUUUUUCUUUCUCCAAAGAAGUCCAGAGCUCCAUUUUUGCAAACUGUCUCAAGCUCAUAUAGAUUUGCAGGACAUUUGUCCUACGUACCCAGUAUAAAAAAGCUUUGUUCUUUGAACUCUUGGGAGCUCAGUUUCUUCAAGGAUCAUACAGUUUCUUGUUUUUUUCUGCUGAAGCAAGACCUUUCUGCUAAUGGGUGCUUCAGGGAAAUGGGUGAAGGCUUUUAUAGGUCUCAAAAAGCCAGAAAAGGAAGAUCAUGGGGGCGGUAAGAGCAAGAAAUGGAGGCUAUGGAGGAGUUCUUCCGGGGAUUUGGGGUCUUCAUGGAAGGGUUUCAAAGGGAGCCACAGAGCGGCUUCUGAGGGGUCUGAGUCUCCAACAGUGGCUGAUGCUUUUACAGCUGCAGUGGCCACAGUGCUUCGUGCUCCCCCUAAGGGUUUUAGGGCUGUUAGGCAGGAAUGGGCCGCUAUCCGGAUCCAAACUGCUUUUCGUGGCUUCUUGGCAAGAAGGGCUUUGAGAGCCUUGAAGGGAGUGGUGAGGCUUCAAGCUCUAGUUCGGGGCCGGCAGGUGAGGAAGCAGGCCGCGGUGACAUUAAGGUGCAUGCAGGCUCUUGUUCGAGUUCAGGCCCGAGUUAGGGCUCGUCGUGUCCGGAUGUCCAUGGAGGGCCAGGCUGUGCAGGAGAUGCUCAAUGAGCGCCGCAGCAUGGCUGAUCUCCUGAAACAAGCUGAGGAACGGUGGUGUGAUAGCAAGGGAACGUUGGAAGAUAUUAAAUCAAAGUUGCAAAUGAGGCAAGAAGGUGCCUUCAGGAGAGAGAGAGCAAUUGCAUACUCUCUAGCUCAAAAGCAAUGGAGAUCAACUCCAUCUUCAAAUUUGCAUUCAAGUGCCUCGGUGUACUCUCUCAAGAAUCAUGAGAUUGACAGGAAUAGCUGGGGAUGGAGUUGGUUAGAACGUUGGAUGGCAGCCAAGCCAUGGGAGACUAGGUUGAUGGAACAAUCCCAAGCUGACCAAUGGGAGGCAACUCCACCUCCAAAGAGUUGUGUAGAUUCCCUUAUGGGCACACAUUCUAAAUCUUCUGAAGCAUCCUCUGUGAAAGUCAGAAGGAAUAAUGUCACCACCAGGAUUUCUGCUAAACCUCCCCAUAUCGGGCAAGUUACUCGCUCGUCUUCAAGCCCGAGUUCUGAAUUCCGGUACGAUGAGAGCUCUGCCUCAUCUUCAUUCUGCACAUCGACAACACCAGUUUCUGGAAACACUGGAUUGGCUUCAGAGAGAACUGAAGAUAGCAAUAACAGUAAGCCGAACUACAUGAACCUGACUGAAUCAACAAAGGCAAAGCAGAAAACAUGCAGUCAGAGAGUUCAAAGGCAGUCCAUGGACGAGCUCCAGUUUCUCAAAAAGUCAGCAGCUUUCUCUAAUGCAGAUUCCAAAAGCAGUGCUGGUUCUGAGCCUUCUUCAAUCAACUUUUCCAAACAACUUUGCCUGCCCACCCGAUUGGAUAAGCACUCGAUGAGAUUAAGGUAAGACACUUAGAUGAAUAGAGGGAUUCAUCUUCUGUCUGUUCUAGAAGUUCAACAGCUUGUUGUUCCCUUUCCGCUUUAUCUGAGAAUGUGUAUUUAAGUUGAAGCAACCCUACGGGUCCUUGAGGUUUGAUUUAAGGGUUCUUUAUUUGUAAAAAAGAUUGUUUAUUGCUUCCUUCUUUAA